CCGCGGGCUCGCCUGCCGCCCCCCUAGCGGAAGAGCGGUGCGCGGCGCGGCUCCUCGCCCGCCCGGCCCGGCCCUGCCCUGCCCGCCGCACCCCGCGAGCUCGCACGGAGGCGCCUCUCCGGGCGCGAGCGCGCCUGCUGGCCAUUUCCUAAUUCUGAAUCAUGUCUGAUAACGGAGAACUGGAAGACAAGCCCCCGGCCCCUCCCGUGCGAAUGAGCAGUACCAUCUUUAGCACUGGAGGCAAAGAUCCUUUGUCAGCCAAUCACAGUUUGAAACCUCUGCCCUCUGUUCCAGAGGAGAAGAAGCCGAGGAAUAAAAUCAUCUCCAUAUUCUCAGGCACGGAGAAAGGAAGUAGAAAGAAAGAAAAAGAGCGGCCAGAAAUUUCUCCUCCGUCUGAUUUUGAGCACACCAUCCAUGUUGGGUUUGAUGCUGUUACUGGAGAAUUUACUGGCAUGCCGGAGCAGUGGGCUCGCUUGCUGCAGACUUCCAACAUCACCAAGCUGGAGCAGAAGAAGAACCCGCAGGCCGUGCUGGAUGUGCUCAAGUUCUACGACUCCAACACGGUGAAGCAGAAGUACCUGAGUUUCACUCCUCCGGAGAAAGAUGGCUUCCCUUCAGGAACACAAGCACUGAAUGCCAAGAGCUCAGAAACGUCAGCAGUGGUGACCGAGGAAGAUGACGAUGAUGAAGAGGCUGCUCCUCCCGUCAUUGCCCCUCGCCCCGAUCACACGAAAUCAAUUUACACACGCUCUGUGAUUGACCCCAUUCCUGCCCCAGCGGGUGAUUCUCACGUAGAUGGUGGGGCCAAGUCUACAGACAAACAAAAAAAGAAGACCAAGAUGACAGAUGAAGAGAUUAUGGAGAAAUUAAGAACUAUUGUGAGCAUAGGUGACCCUAAGAAGAAGUAUACGAGAUAUGAAAAAAUUGGACAGGGGGCCUCUGGUACAGUUUUCACUGCUACUGAUGUGGCACUGGGGCAGGAGGUCGCUAUCAAACAGAUUAACUUACAGAAACAGCCCAAAAAGGAAUUGAUCAUUAAUGAGAUUAUGGUGAUGAAAGAAUUAAAGAACCCCAACAUAGUUAACUUCUUGGACAGUUAUCUGGUGGGGGACGAGUUGUUUGUCGUCAUGGAGUACCUGGCUGGUGGGUCACUCACUGAUGUUGUCACAGAAACAUGCAUGGAUGAAGCUCAGAUUGCCGCUGUGUGCAGAGAGUGUUUACAGGCUUUGGAGUUUUUACAUGCCAAUCAAGUGAUUCACAGAGACAUCAAAAGUGACAAUGUGCUUUUGGGAAUGGAAGGAUCAGUUAAACUUACCGACUUUGGUUUCUGUGCCCAGAUCACCCCUGAGCAGAGCAAGCGCAGCACUAUGGUUGGGACCCCUUACUGGAUGGCGCCCGAGGUGGUCACACGGAAAGCAUACGGUCCCAAAGUGGACAUAUGGUCUCUGGGCAUCAUGGCUAUCGAGAUGGUGGAAGGAGAGCCUCCAUACCUCAAUGAGAACCCUCUGCGGGCCUUGUAUCUGAUAGCCACUAAUGGAACCCCAGAACUUCAGAAUCCAGAGAAACUUUCUCCAAUCUUUCGGGAUUUCUUAAAUCGAUGUUUGGAAAUGGAUGUGGAGAAAAGGGGGUCAGCCAAAGAAUUGUUACAGCACCCCUUCCUGAAACUGGCCAAACCAUUGUCGAGCUUGACACCACUGAUCAUGGCGGCGAAGGAAGCGAUGAAGAGCAACCGUUAGCAUCACUACCGUGGCUUGCAUUCCUCUCCAUUUUUCUAAAGAAGUCUUUUAAUAUAUGAAAAUGAGUACUCACUUGGAAGUUUAAAGAAAUGGUCUGCAUGACGUGGAGGAAAAUCACAAACUAGUCCCUGAAGACAACCAAGAGAAAAUUGCAAAAAGAGAAUUACGACUUUCAAACGAACCCCUUCUUUAGGGUCCAAAAGGAGUGGUGGACUGAAUCACUGUGCUUACGUCUGCAGCAGACAGCCUAGCAGGCCACUUACCAUGCUAUUUGCAUUCUAUUUCACUGACUUUGUCACAGUAGAUCCUGUUCGUGGUUUCCUUCGGGGUGUUUUCAAUACUUGAAUGGCAGAUUCGAGUUUUUCAGAGUAUUCGUUUCAUCUGCUGCUUUCCUGUUCUCCUUCCUAGCUUUCCUUUUCUUUGAUUUGUUUCAUUUGACUUGCUUUGAGAAGUUUUUCUCAUGCCUAAGUUCAAGGCAAGUAAGAUAGAAAUGAUGUAGCUUUUGAUAUUGACAAAGGAGGUUGAUACGGUUUAACCUUUUUUAGAAGUUAGAACCAGCUAUUGUUACAUGUAAUAUUUCAGCUCAGAACUUGAACUGAAGGAAGGGGAAGAAAAGUAUGUGAUUUUUACUUUUUUUUAACAAAUGUGAAAGAGUCAUUUUUAGAAAUUUCAUGGUAGUGAGUUUGGCAUUUGUUGUUACAUGUAUAGAAAGACUAAUAAUCUAUAUUUAUAAUUAAAUCAUUGAACCAGAAAAAGAAUCCACGGACUGUACAUCCUUACAUUUUGUGUUCCUUUUUGACCUGUUUCCUCUUCAGAUUUGGCUUCUGGAACCAAAGUUAUUUGUUCUUGCUCCAAUUUGGGCCUUAUGACUUUGUUUGGUGCCGCUACCUGCCCUUUCCCCUUCAUCUUAGAAAUAUGUUUCUGUAUAUGUUGCAGCGUUAGGUGUUUUUUCCGUUGAUUAACCCUCUCUCACUUCUUAUGAACACCCCUGUUCCCUGUGGAAAUAGUACAAUAACCAUUGAGUUUUCAGAACUGAAAAGUUCUUUUCUUUUCCCUUUUAAAAGGAAAAAUGUUUGGGGCUAGCAAAAACAAAAGUAAAGACGUGAAGCUUGAUGAGUUCUAAAAUAGAAUCAUGAGAGAUAUGUCAGUGUUCCAGACAUGCAGCUUACGAUCAGUGAACUGUAAGGGUUUGUACUAAGUUCCAGUGUUACUAGCUCAUUACCAGCGUUUGACUCAUAGGAAUUAAAAUCCCUUCAUGGGUCAUUUGCGAUGUUGCAUUAUUUUAGUUUCUGUUUAUGUUUUUUCAAAUUAAGUGGAGAGUAUUCAUGUAAAAAAAAAACUGGAAAAAGAAAAAUGAAAUGUUCUUAUUGAUAGUAAUACUUUUUAUUUUAGAGAUUUAAUAAAAGGUCUGUGACCUAUAGCAUUAAUUAUUAGAGUGCCCACUCUUCUCUGCUCCCCUUCCAGUUUUCUUUGCCUUUCUGCUCCUGUCCUGUUUUUGUGUUGUUGCCAUUGUUUUGCUUUUGGAGGAAGCACUGUCCCUUCUCACGUGCCAUCUGUGGUUGGUUCUGGCAUUUUGUCCCCACUGUCUUCUCCUGGUGAACUUCAUACCUGCUGGCCACCCUGCAGUAGUAUAAAUUGUGAAUUAAAAUAAUUUUGCUAUUUUGGAGUAUACUGAGAAAACUAGCAGGUUUUGUUUGUUUUUGCCGUCUUAUCUGUGGUAAGAGACUCCUAGUAUGAGUAGAAAUGGCUGUUUAUUAUUGAUAAUACGUAGAGGUUUUCAGAAAAAUUAGUACAAAGACGAGUGAAACUAAAAUCUAGAGCACUUAAUUGCCUCUGUUUUCAGUCUUGGUUCUCGACUUCACCUUUCUCUGGCCUGUAUUUGGCCUUCUGCAGCCAUCCCUAAGUUACAGACACGAGCGGUUAGGUUUCCGGGGGAAGCUGCGGUGCCUCUUGAGUUUUGGAUUUGCACACUGUCAGCUGUUGUCUGGCUCAAUGAUGCUGAAUAAGCCACUGCCAGGAAAGAGCAGCCAGCCAGAUGAGGAGACUGAGCCUCCCAACUGCCCAACAAGGCGUGUCCAUCCUGAGCACGCCAACCAGGCCCAGGGGACAUGUGCUGAUGCCCCGCGUUCCCUGGGACUCUGCACGGUGCGGUCCUACCGAUGGAAGCAGUUGGGGUUUGUAUUUGCCACUUCUUUGAUGGUUACUUGCGUGUCCAUUGCUGGCAACGGACUUCGUCAUUAAAACCUGACUCCUAGGUUAAGGGAGCUGCACUGUGGUUUAUUUUUUACUUACCUGGAUAAACUAACCUGUCAUAGAAAUAUACUUUGGUUAAUUCUGAACUGUGUGGUUUUUAAACAAAAUAAUCUUAAAAGCAAUACAGAAUUGUGAUUUAUUAAUUUUAAAUUAAAGUGUUCAGAUCAUGUUGAAAGAACAGUUAUAUCUGAAUCAAGAUGGAUGGUGUUUUAAUGAUUGCCUUUUGUAUUCACCCUUUCGAUGAUCACUUUAGAAUUCCUAUUUAAAUCUGAAAGUUACCUUAGUAGUCCUCAUGUAUUAUUAAAACAAUAUUAGUAUAGGUCUUAUUUAUUAUUUUGUAGACUUUCUGGUGGUCCUAAAGGUAUCUUUUGCUCUUGUUUCUUUUGCUGCUAUUAGGGAACAGUUAAAAUUGGGAAACCGUGCAGAUACUGAACAUUCUACCCGCCUAGAAUAGUAAACCAGGAAAGCGGUUGUGCAGCCUGAGACACGUGGCUAUCAAGUUCUGACUUCUUGUGUUGAGUGCCUGGCACCAAGCAUGAAUUCUCUUCCUUAAGCUGCUUAAAACUUACCUUGUAGCCACCAGUCUUAAACUUGUGCCUAUAACAAGCAGUUGUAAACUACCUACCUAUGAAUAUUUCUCCUUGAGACUCCCCUUAAAGCCACAUUUGUUUGCACAUAAUGUGUUCUAGCCAGAGUAAUUUUAGAUCUGACUUUAGAUCUGAACAGGCAGCAACUGUAAAAGCUGAAAAAAAGUCGGUGCUUAAAAGAAUUUGCAUUAAUUAUAGAAUCUAACAUUUUCAAAUGCAUUGAGACCCAUGUCCAGUUAAAUGAGGGUGUGUUGCUGAUUAUAGCUAAAAUAGAACCAAAUACUAAUUUAUAGUGGAAUUUCUUGGUAAUAUAAAAAGCAGGUUGUCUGCCUUGUCUCUGUGACCCCUGCAAUAGAUACUUAAGCAGUUAAAGUUGGUUUUUGUAUAGCAUGUGCAUACACGUGUGCAAGAAAGAAAUACACACACAUGCUUUUUUCCCUCGCCCAGCACAUUUCUUCAACAUUAGCUGAGAUGCUGUGUUUCAUGCCGUUGGAGCCACUGGGUCAGCCUUUGGCCCGGCUUUGAAAGAACUGAAGUCUUUCUCACACACCAUGCUAGGACAAUUCCAGGAAGAUGGGCAGAAGGACAUGUAUGAUAAGCCUUGUCAUUCUACUUUACGAAACAAUUGUAUUUUAAUUCAGCAUCUUUGUUUGGAAUGUGUUGCCGCGCACCUCCCCCAAAACCCCAUUUUGCUAGAUAGAAAUGCAGUUAAAAUAGCCUGUUUUGUUUUCAAAUUUUAUGUUUUCUUCUAUUAGUUUUAAUUCCAUUCAAUUAUUUAAUUGUUACAUUAACAUUAACUGCUGUAUUUGAUGGCUUCAUUCAAUAAUUUUGUUCUUCAGGGCUAGAAAUAAACUUUUUUAAUGUUUA